AGUUAUACAGCAGCUUUAUGUUGACAGAAUGAAGAUCAUCAUGUUUCUCCCACUUUUGCUUCUGGUCUGCUCUGUUUCAGCAGAUCAGACACAGACUGCAGGCCAACAGUCCUGUCCACAGGACAUCCACGCUGAGCUGAGAGAGCUGACCACCUCACUGGCUUUGCAGACAGAGCGGAUCACUGUCCUACAGAGAGAGCAAGAAAAAGCAGUGAAGCUGAAGCGACAGAAGACUGAGAUCAACCAGUUGAAGCGACAGUCAAAAGAACUAGAAGCAAAGCUGGAGAGUCAGAAAACUGAGAUGAACCAGCUGAAGCAGCUGUCAGAAGAACAAGCAGGAAAGUUGAAGACUGAACUGCAGAACCAGAGGACUGAGGCCAACCAGAUGAAGCAGCAGCAACAUGUCACACAGGUGGCUUUCUCAGCCUCUCUGCUGGAUCAAGGUUAUGGAGAUACUGGACCCUUCAAUGGCCGCACUACUCUGAUCUUCAAACAUGUUAUCACAAACAUUGGAAAUGCCUACAACAAAAACACAGGUAUUUUCACUGCACCAGUGAGAGGAGCCUACCACUUUGACUGGAAAGUACUAGGACGUGACAGCACACACACAGGUGCUUAUCUAUUCAGGAAUGAAGAGAAAAUUUUUUUUGCAUAUGAAAGUCAAUCAACUGGGUGGCCAAGCGCCUCUAAUGGAGCCUCAGUGCUUCUAGAGGUUGGAGAUCAGGUGACUGUACGUCUCUGGGCUGGUUCAACGGUAUAUGACAGUGAUAACCAUCUAACCACCUUCAGUGGUCAUCUGAUUUUCACCAUGUGAGAGGUGUGACAGCUCCAACACUUCCUGUUUGGCCUGGAAGUAAAUCACCUGCUGAAAUCAGUUUCUUGCUCUCUCUCGCUCUGAAUGGUUGGGUUCUAGUU